AUGAACAAGUUUUUGGUUUUCGCAAGUGUUCUGGUUUGCGCCUCCGCAGACAUUGGACUUAAACUUAGGGAGGGCAGCCCGACUGGAAGUUACUUACCUGGUGCUCCGCAAACGUACGGAUCCGGAUCCAACUCUUACGGUUCUUACAGCAAUGGUCCACAACAAGCGCAUUACGCUCCAAGCGGAUACUCCGGAUCUAGCAACUACCAUGGAGUAGUUCCACAGGGAAACAGCGGAUACACCUCUUAUGGUAGCGCUCCACAGUCCAGCUACAGCUCUUACGAAAGUGCCCCACAAUACACCUCCUACGGUGGUUCUGCUCCACAAUACGGUGGAUACUCCGUUCAACAGAACUUCGCCGGAAUCCCUCAAGCCGUCCAACACCACAAGUCUUUCUUCUUCGACGCUCCAGCUGAUUUGGGUGAAACUCAUGUCCGCGUCCAUGUUCAACCAUCCGCUGCUGACGGAGACAAGACCAUCUACAUCAGGGCUCCAGCCUACAACUCAAAGGUCAUCCCACAUUUCAACAUCGGUCAACAGCAAGCUGCCGGCAAGACCAAGGUCUACGUCUUGGUGAAGAAACCAGAGGAGCAACAAGACAUCGUCGUCCCAGCCGCCGCCCAGGCCCCAGCCGCCAAACCAGAAGUAGUCUUCGUCAAGUACAGCAACCAGAAGGAAGCCGAACAGAAGAUCCAUGACAUCCAAGAAGGUGCUUCCAGCGGAGACAGCGCCAAAGUAGUCUUCAACCACCGCGAAUUGGUCAGCUCCAUCAAGGACGAACCAGCUCACCACGGCCAACAUCACGACAUCUCCUUCGGUGGUCCAUCAACUGUAUACGGCGGAGUUGGUUCUUCUGGUCACUCCAUCUCCACCCUUCCAGGUGGUAACCAACACCACGAGACCCACUACGGCCCAGCCGGCGAGAGUGGCCCAUACUAA